AAUUUAUCUGUUCACUUAUUAUCAUUGAGAUAUUAAGGACAUUGCCAGUUGGAAGAGAGUUGAAGUUCAUAUAGAUACAGUGUUAGGUUUUCCAAGGCCAAAAUGGAAACUCUUGAAAAUGACAUCAAUCAAGACUUUCAAGAUGCCAUUGAUGUAAUUCAGCGUCACUCUGAGAUACACUAUGACACGGAAAAUAAAUACUAUGAGAAUGUGGAAAUUCAACACUCGUCAGCGAGACAUGCCAUCUCAUACUAUCAGUUCACACCUCAUUUUGAGCCUCCAGCACCCAUGUAUGACUGGAAUGAGUCAUUGUCAUGGUCUCACAUUGUACCGGAUGCAUCUAUGGGCCCGUUGGGUUCUACUGAGCCAGCAUUUUAUUCAAAUUUACCACAGCGCCAUAGAAAAGGUCGUAAAAAGUUACGCUUAUAUGAGUAUCUUCACGAGGCUCUCCAUGACGACAACAUGGGUGACUCCAUCCAGUGGAUGGACCGAGGGAGCGGCAUCUUUCACUUCAUCUCCAAAAAUAAAGAGAAACUGGCCGAGUGCUGGGGUCAACGCAAGGGGAACCGCAAGGCCAUGACCUACCAGAAAAUGGCACGUGCCCUCCGAAACUACAGCCGCACCGGUGAGAUUGUGAAAGUGCGCCGCAAACUGACUUAUCAGUUUAAUCCAGCAAUAUUGCAGAGACUGAGCACACUUUCAUCUAGAGAGAUGGCUCUUCAUCAGCAAAACUCUGCUGAGCAUGUGUACUACAGCUCUGCUGUACCUGACUGUCAUUACUGGUAUGGACAGUACUCGGACCAGGACGAGUAUGACCUCGCCACUGUACUGACAAUGCACAAAGACUCCAAAACAUCUCAGUGAUCUCCAGAAGAAAUCAUGAGGCAAUUCUACGUCUUUUGCACUGCUGGUGAUGCUUUCAAAUAAACAUGUAAACUGAUGAGAAGUAAAUGCAGUAAAUAAAACA